GAAAUCCCCAAUGGUCGCUGCUUGUUCAAGGUACAGUGUACAGACAGCACAUGCCUGAACCAGCAGAACUGGCUUGCCAACAAAGAGGAGUGGCAUAGAGAGUCAUUGAUCUGCGUUGCUCACAUUUCCUCCUGUGCCGGGUUACCCCCUCCACCUCUCUCUGUUCUCUAUCUAGGCAUGCAAUAUUUAUUUAGAGGGCAGAGAGGAUUGUAGGUCGAGUCCGCCCUGUGGGUUGCAGUACAUUACAAUCUGCAGCUGCCCUGGAAAAAUGAGCUUGCAUGUCAUUAUUACCUGAGAGGGUGGGAAGACGAAGCCAACCCAGGAGAGGCGGCUGCCACAUCAGCUACAAGCAUCUUGUGUAAUUCUAUCACAGAAUAGAAAGAGAGCAGAGGAAACUAGAAAGGAACAGAGAACUCCCAGGUCCAGCAUUAGGUUUCUUCACUUCUCCGUGGUUCCCAGUAGCCAAGCAGUGAUGUUUGCUUCUAGCAAUGGUUGAACCUGAAGACUGACCCAGGGCAACUUUACUUUUUCACAGGAGUCCUUGACCGAUGAACAUCGUCAUGCUGCAGUCCGUUGCCAGUAGCCAGUGCAUCCGGCUGAUGGACAGGAAUCGUCCAGCAUGGUAUUUUGGUUUUCUGAUGGUCACUUACAUCCUCUAUCUGAUAUUUGGGGCGGUUGUGUUCUCCUCUGUGGAGCUGCCCUAUGAAGAUCUGCUCCGAAGAGACUUGCAGGAGCUGAAGCGGCGAUUCUUAAGUGAGAAUGAAUGUAUGUCCGAAGAACAGCUGGAGGUGUUUUUGGGACAAGUUCUGGAGGCCAGCAACUAUGGGGUGUCUGUAUUGAAUAACGCGUCUGGAAAUUGGAAUUGGGAUUUCAUGUCGUCGUUGUUCUUCGCCAGUACAGUGUUGUCCACCACAGGUUACGGUCACACAGUUCCGUUGUCGGAUGGAGGGAAGACGUUCUGCAUUCUGUAUUCUGUCAUCGGCAUCCCCUUCACCCUACUCCUGUUUACAGCACUGGUCCAACGGAUCAUUAACCAUAUCACCCGGAGGCCUGUCCUCUAUAUUCACCUCCACUGGGGUUUCCCUAAACACAUUGUGGCCAUCGUCCACUCACUGGUUUUGGGGUUCAUCACCGUUGGCUGCUUUUUCUUCAUUCCGGCUGCUGUCUUUUCCAUAUUGGAGGAAGACUGGAAUUUCCUGGAAUCCUUUUAUUUUUGUUUCAUUUCUUUAAGUACCAUCGGAUUGGGGGAUUAUGUACCGGGGGAAGGAUACAACCAGAAAUUUCGCCAGCUCUAUAAAUUUGGAAUCACAUGCUACUUGUUACUGGGUCUCAUUGCGAUGCUGGUCGUCCUGGAGACGUUUUGUGAACUUCAGGAGUUGAAAAUAUUCCGUAAACUGUUCUAUGUGAAAAAGAAGAAAGAUGAGGAUCAGGAGAAUAUAGUGGAGCACGACCAGCUGGCCUUCUCCUCCAUCUCCGAUCAGGUCACCUCCUUAAAGGAGGAACAAAAACUGAGCGAACCAUUUGUGGCUUUACAGCCUGUGGUGAAUUACGCAAGUGACGCCUCCAUAAAUAAUGAACAGUGAACCGGAGGAUGAAGGGGGGCUCUUCAUGAAGCUGUAUACCUCCACUUUAAAUAUAUUAGCACAAUUCUUGUACAAAUUAGUCUCUUCAUCAAGUCCUUAUCUGGUUGCAGAACACUGCUAUGUCAUGUUUAUUCAUAUUUAUGGGAUCUUACACUGACCGAUGCUAACAUCUACUUCACAGCAAUGGAGAUCUGACCAUGGAUGAUGCAGCUACAAGGAAAGAUUCAGUCACGUUCAAAGGGAUGGGAGGGAGAGGGUUGUCUUACAGAGAUUGGUUGGUUCAUAUCAUUAUAUACUGCUGCAAAACUAAGUGUAUCCUUAGGACAGGUUGUUCUCAAAGUCCCACAAUGGGAGGAAUUUACCAAUACUGACAGAUUCCCUGUUGGUGUGGUUAUAGGCACACAAGAUGGAUUUUUGGUCAAAUGUAUUAAGUUGGUUCAUGCUCUUUAAUAAAUAUGUCUCGUUGGGAUACCC